AUGGGUGGGGCUUGGGUGUUCCCUGAGCUGGCAUCACGUGACUGGGCUCGGUGCCCUAGACGCCGGUCGGUCGGGCCGGGCGAGAUGUUGUUGCCGGCGCUGGUCGUGUUCUGGGCCGGGCUGCUCUCGCUCUCGGCGCUGGGGCUCGGAGGACGGAACAUAUGGCUGAUCAAGGAGAAGGUUCUGCAGUCCCGGGAGCAAAGAGCCCAGAAGUAUCUGCUGGAGACCUGGAAGUCCUUUGUAGCUGUGGGCAGCGGUGAAUAUCUGGAGCCCAGCGAGGAAUACUUCCCACAGCCACUGGAUCACUUCAACCGGCAGAAUAAAGCCACUUACAAGCAGAGAUACUGGGUGAACACGGAGCUGUGGGAGCCAGAAGGGGGUCCGGUGUUCCUGUAUAUCGGUGGUGAGGGGGGCCUGACGGUGUACUCUGUCUUAGCAGGCGAGCACGUGGAACUAGCGCGCAAGUACAAGGCCCUGUUGGUCUCAGUGGAACACCGGUACUAUGGAGCCAGCAUCAACCCUGAUGGACUGACCGACCAGAACCUCCAGUUCCUGAGCAGUCAGCAGGCGCUAGCCGACCUGGCCACAUUCCAUGCCUUCAUUUCCCAGCAGUACAACCUGACAAAACGCAACCCUUGGAUCUGCUUUGGGGGCUCGUAUCCAGGCUCGCUCUCCGCUUGGUUCCGGUUGAAGUUCCCUCACCUGGUUUAUGCUGCUGUGGCCUCGUCUGCUCCUGUCCGCGCCCGGCUGGACUUCACCGCCUACAACAAGGUGGUGUCUCAGAGUCUGUCUAAUCCGGUGGUCGGAGGGUCCCUAAAGUGUCGGGACGCUGUGGCGCAGGCCUUCUCCCAGCUGGACCAAGUCCUGGUGCGGGGCGAGACCUCGAGGCUGGAGUCCGACUUCUCUUCGUGCCAGAGCUUGAACGGCACCGGUGACUACGGCGAGCUGGCCAGCAACCUGGCCGACAUCGUCAUGGGAACUGUGCAGUAUAACCUGGAGGAGCCCGGCAACGACAUCGCUGACCUGUGCCGAGUGAUGACCGACCAGAACCUGGGUUCGCCCUACCGCAGACUGGUGGUGCUCAACAAGGGCUACCUGGAGCGGAUGGCUCUGAACUGCACGGACAACUCCCACCAGGAAACGCUGGAGGUUCUGCGCAGCACGGUCGUGAAACCCUUCGGUGUCGGCGAGAGGCAGUGGUACUACCAGACGUGCGCCGAGUUCGGCUACUACCAGACGUGUGAGGACGAGGGCUGCCCGCUUUCCCGCUGGCUGACGCUGCAGUCUCAGGUGGACAUCUGUGCCCAGGUGUUCGGCAUCAGUGCCAACAGUGUGCAGAGCGCAGUCGACUUCACCAACGACUAUUACGGCGCUGACCGACCCAAGUCCAGUCGCAUCAUAUUUGUCAAUGGUGACAUCGACCCCUGGCAUGCUCUGAGUGUGCUGAAGAACCAGUCGCGCUCGGAGCUGGCGGUGGUCAUUAAUGGCACCGCCCACUGCGCCAACAUGAACCCACCUGAGAAGCAAGAUCCCACCUCCCUCCGGCAAGCCCGACAGAGGAUCGAUGAUCAAAUUGGAGUGUGGUUGGCCAGUAGUCGCUUGAAUCCAUGGUAACCGGGGCUCAGGAUGCCCGUCACAGGAAGAGCUGAAUGGUGUGCCUUAUCCUCCACAACAGAUUGGGAUAUGGAUUAACUCCCGUUUUGGAUGUGGUUUCAUGCACUGACUUACCCUGUGACUGGAUCCAGUCAAUAAAGGGAAUCGUAAGGGUACAGCUUCCAAAAAAAAAUCGAUUGCACAUGCCCUCUCCUCCUCCCCUCUGUCCUAUGUUCCUGCUCUUUCUCCCUCCCUCUCUGUCAUGUUCACCUUCUCUCUCCCAUUGUCACAUGCUUUCCCCCUCCUGCAUCGUGCACCGUACUCUCUCCAUGUCCUUAACAGUGCGGUUUGGGAGUAGGACUUCAGAAGCCACAAGGGUUCAGUUGUUCUACAGAUCUAUGCAUUAAUACUACUUGAGGCCUGGUGUCCCUACACUCCACCCCUACCUUCCCCCAACGUACCCAGCAGCUGACCUGAUUUUUGGGGGGGUUUGGGGAGGCAGAUCUGGGUAUGCUUCAUGGCAAGGAAACCCAGUCUGCCUUCUGCUGGUGAGUGACUCCAGGUGCAGGCACCAACCUGACAACAAUCACCAGUAUCCAUUGUUACAACUCUCAAAAAUGUUUUUAAAGAAAUUCUAUUUUUACAAAAAAAAAUUACUUGGACACAGCUUUUAAGCUUCUUUACCAUUUUAAAAUGAAGGUGUAAUUAAAACUAAACUGUUUGAAAUCUUGGUGUAAUUAUUUUAAUAAAAUGUUUCUUUGGCAAUCA